AUGGAUAACCUCACACCAUCUCUGACUGAGCCACCGAAAAAGAAACCCAAGACUACCAAAGCGUCUGUUCUCCAAAAAGCUGCCCCUAAGAAAGCUACUGACCCUAAAGUAUCUGCCCCUAAGCAAAGCAAACUUGCUUUUAAAUCAGCUGCUUGCAAUGCAGAUUUUUCUGAGAACAAAACUCCCGUGAACGAUGCUCCAGAGAACGAUGCGCCCAAAAAAGCUGCGCGCAAGAAGGCUACGCCCAGGAAAAGAAAAUUUGUUUCUAAUUCAGCUGCUCCCAAGGAAGAUACCUCCAAGACCAGAAGUCCCAUAAACGAUGCUCCCGAAGAAACCGUGACCGAAACAGCUCGCUCCAAAGAACCCGCAACCAACCCGAUAUGGCCAAAGCCUAGCUACAGAUGGUCUAAGAAAGCCGCUGAAGAGGCUGAAUCUUCGAGUACUCCGGCAGGAUUCGGCGAUGUCGUUGAUAUCGACAAGUUUGGUGGUUUUUUUAAGACCCAUACAGGUCAGAGCACAAUGCUCAAGGCGCUCCUUGACAAGAGCCAGAAUGGAGUUAUGAUUUUCGUCUUUCGAGCGGCCGCUACCGCUGGCUGUUCUGCGCAGGCAAUGAACUUUCGUGACAAUUAUGAAUAUCUGACCUCGACUGGACUGAGCAUCUAUGGUGUCUCGGUCGAUUCUCCCCGCCACAACGCUAACUUUAAGGAGAUUUUUAACUUACCUUUUGAUCUUCUCUGCGACAAAGAGGCUAAUCUGAUUAGAGCCAUGGGGUUCAAGCGGCCCUGGGGUCCCAUGACUAUUCGUCGAGGUCUUUUCGUGCUCGAUAAGAGGGGGAAAGUGCUGCUCCAAAAGCCCGGUGGCCCAGACCUGACCCUCGAGUUUGCCCAGCGAAUGAUCACUGAAAUCACGACUGCGGCAGAGACCGCGCUUGGUACCGAUGCUGGUAUGACUACUUCAGCCUGA